AUGCCGGAGGGCGCCAGCGUGUACUCGCGCACCUCAAGCAGGCUGCCCACUUUCGGCGCCGCCCCCAAGCUGCAGGCUGAUAGAGGAAAGGCGCAGAUCGGUGCCGCGAUCUUGAAGGCCUGGGAGUCGGUGCUGCCCGAGUGGAAGAGCCACAAGCCCGAGGCCGCCAUCGCCUCUAACAAGGACGACCGCACCAAGCUCGCAGCCGCUGUUUCCAGCGCCGCCAAGGCGUGGAAGCCGCCGCCGAGCCUGGCGGUGCCCAGCAUCGACGACAUCGGCCCCGAUGUGCCCCGCAACCUGCACGAGCGGCUCGCGCUUGUGGCGCGCCUGUCGCUCCAGGAGUACCUUCAGGACGCCGUGGCGCAGCCCACUGUGGUGGAGUUCACCACGACAGACGUGACCGCCGCGCUGUCUGUGGCGGGCGUCAUCGUGUCGGACAAGGGCAAGCGCACGGCGAUUGCUUCCCUGGUGGCGUGUGAGACCGAGCGCCAGAUGACGUGGUCCCGACUGGAGGGGCUGCGCUUCCACUGGGCCGUGGCCUCGGGGCCCAAGGGCCAGUGGGAGCUGCCCCCGCGUGGCUGGAAGACGCUGCCGGACACCACGGUGGACGCGGGUGGCGCGUGGCAGUCUACCUUUGAGAAGCACCCACUGCCACAGCCGGGCGGCGGGCAGGGCCCGGAGCCCAUGUACACAAUGCUGCUGUCAGUGCCCCUGGAGGGCCCCCUGGAGAAGGGAGGCGUCAUAUUCGUGCUCAGGAGCGGAGGUGUGGGGCAGAACACGGCCUGGCUCAAGGAUGCCUCCACCAAGAGCGACUUCUUCCUGCCUGUGCAGAAGUUUGCUACGGCCUAA